AUGAUGGAAGAAGCCAUCGACCUGUUGAAACAAGACGAAAAAGGAUGCAGGUUAACUCUCCAUCAUUCCCAGUUAGUACUUGCUCAGAAAGGUGCCCGCCGUGUUCAUUUGGUAGCUCACGAACACGCUGAAAAUGCAACAAUUGUAGCUUGUGUAAAUGCGGUUGGCCAUACAAUACUACCCAUGAUUCUUUUCAAAGGACAGCGUCUAAAACCUACUUUCAAAGAUAAUCUGCCUGACGGAGCUGUCGUGCAUAUGGCACCCAAAGGCAGCAUGACUUCUGAAAUAUUUGUCAAGUGGCUGGAACAUUUCGCUACCUAUAAAGCACCAGGUAAAGUUUUGUUGAUUCUUGAUGGAGCUUCUUGUCACUUGGAUAUAGAUAUUGUCCUUAAAGCUGAAGAAUUUGAUAUUACAAUUUUCUGUCUCCCAAGCAAUACCACACAUGAAUUGCAACCACUAGAUAAGCCAGUGUUCAGAUCGUUCGAACACAACUGGGAUCAAGAACUCUUAUUCUACUGGGACAAAUAUCCAGAUCGAAGAAUGACGAAAGAUAGAUUCGGACUCGUGUUCACACCAACCUGGAAUAAGUGUAUGUCAACUGACAAUAUCACUAAUGGCUUCAGAAGUACAGGUAUCUAUCCCUACAACCCAAAUGCAAUAGCAGAGACUGCCUUUGCGCCUUCUCUACCAACACAUCAAGAGAAUCCAUACCCUGAUGCGCCCAUUUCGGACAUUUCAAGCUCAAGUGAUGAAGAAGAUAAUUUGCCAUUAAUGAGAUUAAAACUCAAACUCCAAAAAUCCAGGGAAUAUGAAAGCGGCUCAGGUACAGUUCCAGAAACCUCAGAAGUAUCAUCUAGUUUUCCUGCUUCAAUUUUACCGAGCUCAUCAUCGAAAAAUUUACCAGCCUGA